AUGGGCUGCGCUCCCAGCAUCCACGUCUCGCAGAGCGGCGUGAUUUACUGCCGGGACUCGGACGAGUCCAACUCCCCCCACCAGACCACCACCCUCUCGCAGGGCACCGCCGCCACCUUGCACGGCCUCUUCGUCAAGACCGACGCGGCCGACACCAUCCCUUCGGUGCUCGCCUACCAGAGCCGCCAGCCGCAGCUCGCCUGCCCAGCACACCCGCGUAGGGAGCCCGCCGGCCGAGAAGGCAGGACCAGGGGGCGCCACUGCUGCGGCGUCGAGGCGGAGACCCAGACCAGCCAGACCAGCGUGAAGCAAGCUUCAACUACAGAGAUACAAAUUGGGCCCAUGAGACUGACACAAGAUCCUAUUCAGGUGUUGCUGAUCUUUGCAAAAGAAGACAAACAGAGUGAUGGGUUCUGGUGGGCUUGUGAUAGAGCUGGCUAUAGGUGUAAUAUUGCUCGGACACCGGAAUCAGCACUUGAAUGUUUUCUGGAUAAACAUCAUGAAAUAAUUGUAGUAGAUCAUAGAAACUCCAGAUACUUUGAUGCAGAAGCCAUCUGUAGGGCAAUCCGUGCUACAAAACCCGCUGAACAUACUGUAAUAUUAUCUGUUGUUCCACAAUCAUCAGCUGACCAAGAAGAAAUCUCUGUACUCCCCCUUCUCCAUGCAGGUUUUAAUAGGAUAUUUUUGGAGAAUAGCAGCAUUACUGCAUGUUACAAUGAACUCAUUCAAAUAGAAUAUGGUGAAGUACGGUCACAGUUCAAACUACGGGCUUGUAAUUCAGUGUUUACAGCUCUAGACCACUGUCAUGAAGCUAUAGAAAUAACUAGUGAUGAUCAUGUAAUUCAGUAUGUUAAUCCAGCUUUUGAGCAAAUGAUGGGCUAUCAAAAGGGAGAGCUAAUAGGAAAGGAACUUACUGAACUUCCAAAAAGCGACAAAAACCAUGCAGACCUGCUGGACACUAUCAACACAUGUAUCAAAAGAGGAAAAGAAUGGCAAGGAGUUUAUUAUGCGCGGAGGAAAUCAGGUGACAGUAUUCAACAACAUGUGAAGAUAACUCCUGUAACUGGCCAAGGAGGGAAAAUCAGACAUUUUGUAUCUAUCAAGAAGCUAUGUUGCACCAACGAAAGCAGCAACAAACAGAGCUACAAGAUUCAUCAUGAUGGAAAGUGCUCAGGAGACCAGUUUCAUUCAGACUCUCACUCCUUCAGAUGCAGAAACAGGAGAAAAGAAUCCAUUGAUGUUAAAUCAAUAACCUCUCGCAGCAGUGAUGCCCCAAGCUUACAGAAUCGUCGGUAUUCAUCCGUGGCAAGAAUACACUCCAUGACUAUAGAAGCUCCAAUUACAAAGGUCAUUAAUAUAAUCAAUUCAGCUCAAGAGAACAGUCCUGUAACUGUAGCAGAGGCCUUAGAUAGAGUUUUGGAAAUCUUACGGACAACGGAACUUUACUCUCCUCAACUAGGUACCAAAGAUGAAGAUCCUCACACUAGUGAUCUUGUUGGAGGUCUGAUGACUGAUGGCUUGAGAAAGUUGUCUGGAAAUGAGUAUGUAUUUUCUAAAAAUACAAACCAGAGCCACAGUCACCUCUCAGUGCCUGUUACCAUCAAUGAUGUUCCACCCUGUAUUGCACGCCUACUAGGAAAUGAAGAGAGCUGGGACUUUAAUAUUUUUGAAUUGGAAGCUGUCACAAAUAAAAGGCCACUGGUUUAUCUAGGUAUGAAAAUUUUUGCCCGCUUUGGUGUCUACGAGUCUUUAAACUGUUCAGAAGCUACACUACGAGCCUGGUUCCAGGUGAUUGAAGCCAAUUAUCAUUCCUCCAAUUCCUACCAUAACUCCACCCAUGCAGCUGAUGUCUUGCAUGCUACUGCAUUCUUUCUGGGGAAGGACAGAGUUAAGGGGAGCCUUGAUCAUUUAGAUAUAGUAGCUGCAUUAAUAGCUGCAACAGUUCAUGAUGUGGAUCAUCCAGGGCGGACCAACUCUUUCCUGUGUAAUGCAAGCAGUGAGCUAGCUGUUCUCUACAAUGACACUGCAGUCUUGGAAAGUCAUCACACAGCUCUAGCAUUCCAGCUCACAGCAAAAGAUAACAAGUGCAACAUUUUCAAAAAUCUCAACAGAAAUCAUUAUCGGACUCUUCGUCAGGCAAUUAUUGACAUGGUUUUGGCAACAGAAAUGACAAAACACUUUGAACAUGUGAAUAAGUUUGUGAACAGCAUCAUCAAGCCCUCAGAAGAAAACAAUUCCAAUGGUGAAGGUAGUGACUGUGACUGUACAACCAGUCUCAAGAAUUUCCCAGAUAACCAGACAUUGAUCAAGCGCAUGAUGAUCAAAUGUGCAGAUGUUGCAAAUCCAUGUCGACCCCUAGAACUGUGCAUUGAAUGGGCUGGCAGGAUUUCAGAAGAAUAUUUUGCACAGACAGAUGAAGAAAAAAGGCAGGGACUACCAGUUGUUAUGCCAGUAUUUGACCGCAACACAUGUAGCAUCCCCAAGUCUCAGAUAUCCUUCAUCGAUUACUUCAUAAUGGACAUGUUUGAUGCUUGGGAUGCAUUUGCACACCUACCUGUUCUGAUGCAGCACCUGGCAAAUAAUUAUAAACACUGGAAAACAUUAGAUGAGUUAAAGUGUAGGAGCCUCAGGCUUCCUUCAGAGAACAACAAUGGAAGCUGA